AUGCCGCUCAUUGUGAAUGCCGACGUUGGCAAGCUUAGUGGCCUGGCGCCACGUGCCUGCGAGCUUUGCCACAGGAAGGACGGCGUCCUCCGCUGCUCGGCCUGCCAAGCCGUCUACUACUGCGGGCCAGACUGCCAGGCUGAGGACCGUGCCGACCACAAGGCGCCGUGUAAGGUGAUCAAGAAAGCGCGUCUUCGCUUCGAGUUCGAGGAGAAGAAGCUGCGCGACACACCGGGCGACCUCCACACCGAAAAUAUCUUUAAAGACCAUGUCGGCUACUUCUGGGGCAUCUUGGAGACGCGUCCGUACAUGCGCGCGCGCUAUGAGCUGGUGGAUGUGAUGCUCCUGAGCUACGGCACCGCCGGUGGCCCUGUGGACGUGGUGCAGAUGGCCCUGGAUCAUCUCUUGGAUAUGAUGCGGUUGUGUCGCGGGGACAACAUGGGCGUGCGGCAGCUAAUACCCGCGCUGUAUAUUCGACUCGGCAGGGACCAGGACGCCUACGACUUUAUGAAGUGGUACGCGACCACGGGGGAGGAACCGCAAUACGACCGGGGCGAUAUGGACCAGCCAUUCCUGGACGUCAAGGAUGCAGAUGCGUUGGAAGCACCAGCGAAGAGAUGGACGAAAACCACCUUCCUAGACCUGAGCCACGCCGUGGCCCUGGUGCUAAUUAAGAUACGAGUCCUGCUCGACCUGCAGGCGAUCCAGAACGCCAGAAUUGCGCUCCGCGGCGCCAUCCCACAGGAAAUUAUUGAGAUUAUUCGUGGCCAGCUUGUGAGCUGUAUCGUUGGGUCGCGGCACGAUAUUCUCCUGGCCAGGCCGGAGGAGACGGCACAGCUAGCCGAGACGAUCAAGAGCCAGAUCAGGGAGGUGUACGGAGCCAUUGAGACAUAUAACUCACACUUCUGGGAGUUGCUGGUCAAGGAUCCGGAUGCUGGCGUUUUGCAGAGACCAAACGGGCCAUACACACACCGGUCGAAGGAGGAGGCUUUGUUGGUAAUCGGAUACAGCUAUGCUUCGUGGUAUGAGACUCCGGGAGCGGUGGACGUACUUCGGAGUCUGAGCAAGGUGGGCUGA